UUUUAAAUCUUGUUAAUACUCAUGUUCACAGCUGGAACACAUGUCUUAAUUCCUAGCUUGUAAUGACAAUAUGUAAUUUCACCAUGUAAUUUGCUUGCCAGGGGGGCCCACAGCAACCUGUAGCCUAGGGGCUCCAGGGCAUCCUACCUACGCUUUUUCCUCGUUAAGCAUGAAAAUAUGGCCACAGACAGGUGAGAAAUAACGAUGGCUUUAAUGUAUUGCGCCUAGGGGGGACUGUGCUAAGCCUAAUCAAGGACACUUCAUAAUAAAAGUUUGAAGAGAAAGCUGACAGGGGGAGAGUACCUUGUCAAUAACUCGAGUGGGAGUGUGGUGUGUGUGUGUGUUACACCAUGCAACGGCACGCUCGCCCUCUCUCUCUCUCCCACUCUCGCCCCCUCAGUGCGUUUUCUCUCCUGCGUUCCCACACCUGCGAGCGUUGACACGUCAACAGCUGGGUGACUGAUUGCAUAAACUUGGCAGCGUGUCGGUCCCAAAGCCCUCAAGAGUGUGUCUGUUUGCUCACUUUAGACUAGAGCCUCACCUGUUUCACGGGUGAGAUGGAAAAGGUAGUUUCACACUCCGGUUUAAUCUCAGUACACAACUAAAGACGCAAAAGAAGAAGCUCGUUUUGUUUCCUUCCCUGGCUGUCUGUCCGACCGUUCCGUCCUCCUCUGGAAAUCUACUUUCAGCUGCUUCUCUUUUUUCCCCUCUGAGGAGUCGUCUGAAGGCGUUUCAGGAGGGAUCUGGAACCUUGCUGUGAUGUGAGUCAUCGGUUAGAAGGCUGUCAGCGGCAAAAAAUCUGCUCUCUGCUCUCUCUCCGUCGCACUCACUCUCUCUCUCCUCCCCCUGACCUCCUUCCUUCCCCCUCUCUCUCUCUCUCUCCCACACCCCCCGCCACUCCGACAUCUGUGAAGAGAGAUGUUUACAUGGACCACCUCUCAUCUGGGUGACACUCAGUGACCUUCUUGCCUCGGUGGGCCCUCUGACACACCAUUUUUUCCCCUCCACAUCAAGAACAUCACAUCACUUCUCCUGUUCCACUGAGCUUUUGUCACGCUGGAAAGCCCUCAGGCCAGAGGCGCAACCAACCAACCAACCAAACCAGCCAACUAAGCUAAGCAAAGCUAAGCUAAACUAAGACAAUCGAGAGAGAGUGAGAGGCAGUCAGGACAGGGAGUACAUCAUGUGUCAUGUGAUCGUAACGUGCCGCUCCAUGCUGUGGACACUUCUCAGCAUCGUAGUGGCCUUCGCCGAACUCAUCGCCUUCAUGGGCCCCGAUUGGCUGGUCAGCCCGCCCAGUGGGCCCAUCUCCACCAACGGCAGCUUCCGGCUCUCGUCGCGCCCCCACCGGCCCACGCUGGGCCUGUACGCGCGCUGCCGCAAGGUGCCCAACCACCACCGCGAGCACGUGCAGUGCGGGCCGUACGCCGAGGACUUUGCGGAGAUCGCCAGCGGCUUCUGGCAGGCCACGGUCAUCUUCCUGGCGGUGGCCAUCCUGCUGCUGGCCGUGGUGGCGCUCUUCGCCGUCUUCAGCAUGUGCUUCCAGAGCAUCAUGAGGAAGAGCAUCUUCAACGUCUGCGGACUGCUGCAAGGCAUCGCAGGCCUGUUCCUCAUCAUGGGCCUGAUGCUGUACCCGGCGGGCUGGGGCUGCGACAAGGUGCGGCAGUACUGCGGGCCGGACAGCUCGCCGUACCGCGUGGGCGACUGCUCGCUGGGCUGGGCCUUCUACGCCGCCAUCGGAGGCACGGUGCUCACCUUCUUCUGCGCCAUGUUCUCCGCCCAGGCCGAGAAGGCCACCUCCAGCGACAAGGUGCAGGACGAGAUCGAGGAGGGACGCAGCCUGGUCUGCGUGCUGUGAGGAGGCAGCAGCAGCAGGAGGAGGUGGUGGUGGAAGAGGAAGAGAGAAAAAUAAUAAGAAGACGACGAAGAAGAAGAAAAAGAGGAGGAGGAGGAGAAAUGGAAAGCAUGAGAGAAGGAAAAAGAGAAAGAAAGAGGGAGAAAGGAAAGGAACGGAGGAGAAGAAGUAAAAAAGAAAAACCCCAGAGCACAGCCUCGGCAUUACAGUACAAGGGCCAUGAUUUCUUAAAAGGGAUCGUAAAGUUGUCAUUUUACCACGUUAAGAACCACUGUCAUCAAACCCCCAGCCAGGACCGCGUGGAGCCAGCAUGUCAUUUAAGUGAGAUCAUGGCUGGUCUCUCUCUCUCUCUCAUCCUCACCCAGUCAGCGGCAAGCAGCAGAUGAUAGCAGCGAGGCGAUAGGACGAGGGAGGCUUUCACCAUUCAAGCCCAUUGGUCCCCUGGGCUGCUAAAUUGGUCCAGGGGUCGAGCUUAAAUACCAGCAUUCCAGCUUUUUUUUUUACUACACACACAGCAGACCUACCGUAUACUGUUUUUUUGUACUUAGCAUGUAAGUAGGCAUUUUAGGUAUGUAGUUAGACUAAAUGGAACCGAGGACGACCAUCAUCAUCUACCACUUGUGUAUUACUGAACGUAUCCGCAAAAAAGGCCUUUCGAUAUUUUGUUGUGAAGAAAUGUUUAUAGAUGAGGUGAAUGUACUUAAAAAAAAAGAAAAAAUACAAAACAGUCAAGUGGUGUUAGAAAACCAAUAGAUGUUUUCUUUUUUUCUUAAAUGUGUUGCAAUUUUGGCAUUUUAUGAAGAACGAACAAAAGAAAACCCUAGUAUGUCGUUAAGCCAGUACCUUCUGAUGGUUUUUAUUACGAUGCUUCAAAGUCCAAGUUGUUCAUUAGUGUUAUGGUUGCUCGGGACUCUGGACACGCAUAACACAAACAACACAAAAAGAACCCUGACAAGAGUGCAACCACAAGAGGACAAAUGAGAGUGACUCAACUUGGAGGACUUUGAAAAAGGCAACAGGACGGUCGGGGGACAUACAGUACAUACAUACCACCACUGUGCCUGCUCGCUCCGCUGCGCUGCGCUGCUUUGCAUAGCUCCAGCCUCUCUCGUUUACCCUUAUUUGGCCGUCAGAUUCUUUAACGGUGAAAUCUCUUCUCUACCCAGCGGAAUAACAUAUUUCAAAUGACUGUAAUAUGUGCCUUGUAACUCUGCCACUGUGUUUUUUUUUACAAAUAUGGAUCAUGGAAUCAGGAGAUGGAUGAGAGAGCAGUGAGCACCGAGGUUAGCUCAGCAUCUAAGUUUGUACGUGUGUGGGAGACAAUACACUUUCACAUGGGCUGGGUUGGGGAGGGUAGGGGGUUGGGGCUGUUUGGGUGGGCUGAGGGUGGGGUGGGGGUGUGGGUGGGGGGGUUGCUGGGUGCAGGAGGAAGCUGAGCUGACGCCAAGGCAGCUUGGUCACAUGUUUCCUUAAAUGGUGCAGCGGGAAUCCCAAUCCCGCUCUCUCACACUCCUGAUACGUCCUGACGAUGUUUACUUUCACUUAUCUCGAGUUUACCGGCACAACUGGACCCGAGCUAAGAAAAAUGCUCCAAAUGCCACACUUGUCGGCUAAGCACAUUCUGGCAAACGUGUGGAUUUUGUUCUAAAGGGGGCGCGUUGUUUGAUAAGUGAAUAUUUCGAGCGUUUUGCGGUCUACACAGUACACAUUGGGACUGAAAAAACAGCACCAACGAGUGAUCGCAUUCCCGCGCGCAGAGACGGCCUUAAGGUCAAAUAAGGGGGGUAGGUGGAGGGAGACGGGGUGGGGAGUAUUGGUACAGCAGAUUCAGUGAUCUCGUGACCUCUGUGGUCUUACAAGAUGAUCAUGAUUGUCCUGAUAUAUAUUAAUAUGAUAUGGCAUAUAUUAUACCUAUCCAGAUACUAUGUCACAUCAAAUGCCCAGGAUCAAUGUUUUGAGCUAUUAGGUGUUACUGAAUAUGUAUAGUCAUGGAAUAGGCUACUAACAAAUUCAUUUGUUUUCAUAGCUCAUGUUAUGGUCUUAGAAUGUCUUAGUCAUUUCUGUUUUUAAUACUGCUCAGUAUUUUUGUAAUGAUUUCAUCUUUAGCAGGGACAAGAAAAAAAAAAAACGAGAAUGAGGCCUUAGAAUAUGUCACAAUACUGUCUAGAAACAUUGUGAUAAGUCUUUAUUACGUAUUAAGAUAAGGACAGAAUCUUAGCUUUUUUUGUUUUGUUUUCCAAAUGAAGAAUGGAAGAAAUGAUAACUGAAAAAGAGAAUUGUUUUCCGAGAUAGCCACCCUUGUCCCAUAUUGCUCCUGUAAAGCCUUUUUAACCACUACCACUUUUCCAACCACUAGUACGGACUGACUAUAGCAUUUCUGACCACUUUGUAGCUCUCCCUCCCCUCACUUUACGGGGCGGCUAGCGUUUGACGUUAAGCUUAUGCUGGUGACCAUUUACAAUUCAUUAAAAGAACCAUGUGGAAAGUUCGGAUCAAAUAAAAAAAGAAGAAGCUGUGCUUUAGUUAUAUAAGGAUUGCUUCAUACUGCACUCAUUUAAAAAAGCUGGAAAUGUAUGCGCUUUUACACUCCAUUUUGUUUGUUUUUUUAUUUUUUAUUUUUGGAACCAUUGUUUAGCCUUAACAGAUGCGAAAUCAUUGUCAUACGUCAGGCAAUAUAAUCCAAAAAUAGCCGGCCUACCAGCCAUUGUGGUUUUGUGCUGCUGCACCUGCUUUAUGAAAGAAACAAAACAAAAGCGUGACGCUUUAAACACAUAUUCCGGUAAACAGGUCUUAAGACCUCUUGCAGUCAGACGGCUUGACCGCACAAACACACGGCAAGCAACCUUCUCAGCAACCAGUUCAUUUUGGUGUGGCUCUGAGCGACUCUAAAACCAGAAGGGUAGUAUACUAUCUGCCCAAGCGGAUGGAAGCCGCACCAUUUUUACAAAAACAAAAACAAACAACUCUGCUAUAUCUUUCGGUAUCUGACACCUCUGUCAAGUGCAACAUGGUGUUGCAGAGACCACCAAAACCACAGUCCCUUUGCACAGGCCCAUGGUGGGGUACGGCUCUGUCUGUUAUACUGCACUGACAUGUGCAUCUGUCUCUUAUUGUUUUAUUUUUUUUCAUAUGUGUUUAUUGAGUUGCCUUUUUUAUGUUGUCCAAGGUGCCAAACUAAUUGAUGUGCAUGACAUUUUGCUUUCGGGUUAUUUUUCUGUUAUCUGUUGCAUCUGUAUGUUAAAUGUGGUGCAUGUGUGAGAUGUGCAAUAUUCCACUAUACUCUACUCUCUGGUAGCGCCCUCUGGUGGUGGAAGGACCAGAGUGCAAGCAGAGGGAGAAAAAACAACGACAACAAAUUCAGCUCCCACUCAGUGCUGUAUCUUCUGCGUUUUUUAACCUGUUGAAAUCAAAGCUAUGUUGUAAAGAAGGAGUGGGUUCAUGACUUUCUUCUGAUUAGCAAAGAAUCUCGUUUUAUUUUAUUUUCUAGAAAUUUAGUCGGUUAGUUCAGAAAUUAAUGGUUCCGUUAACACGCCAUUGUUUUGUUUUUCCACUAGAAAAAAAACUUUCUGUGGUCUUUCAUUUCAUUUCAGACAUCAGCAAUGGGAUCAAGUCAUGUGGGAGUUGAAAUAAUGUAACAUAAUCUUUUCUUUUUUGUUACUUUAUUGAAAUUGGAAGUUCUUACUUCAUUUUUAAAUAAAAGAAAUACCGUCUGGAAAUAA